CGCUCAACUUUUCUGCCUCCACUUUGUCCUCUCGCUCUGUGCUGUCACCUCCUCCGCCCACAGCUGCGGAGACGCAAUGCUGCAGGAGGAACAUGAUCGUUAAAACUCGGCACGGAAUAUUUCGCAACUAGUCUUCUGACUCACCACGGGCCGCCCUUCACCACAGACUCACCUCUAAAAUGGCCCAACAGAACUACAGCUGUCAUUAUAAUGAGUCCAUGGGCUUCUUCUACAAGAACAGCAGCGCUGAGGAUGGAUGGAACAGACCCAAGCUCAUCCUGGUGCAGGUGGUGGGCUCUAUCUUCUGCUGUUUCAUCCUGGUCUCCAACGCCAUGGUCAUAGCUGCUGUCAUCACCAAUAAGAGGUUUCACUACCCUUUCUACUAUCUUCUAGCCAACCUCGCCGCCUCUGACUUCCUGGCAGGCAUAGCGUACGUGUACCUCAUGUUUAACACAGGUGAUGUGUCGCGGAAACUUACAGUUAAAGGAUACUUCAUCCGUCAAGGUCUUCUGGAUAUCAGUCUUUCAGCUUCUCUGGCUAACCUGCUGGUAAUAGCGCUAGAGCGCUACAUCUCCGUCAUGAACUGGAAAGUCCACAGUAACCUGACGAAGAGGAGGGUGACCCUGCUGAUCGUGCUGGUGUGGGCCAUCUCCAUCUUCUUGGGGGCUGUGCCGAGUCUCGGCUGGAACUGCAUCUGCAACCUGAGCGACUGCUCCCAGCUGGCUCCCAUCUUCAGCAGGAGCUACCUGAUCUUCUGGUCUGCGUCUAACCUGGUGGUGUUCCUGGUGAUGGUGGUCAUCUAUACGAGGAUCUACACCUACGUCAAGAGGAAGACGGCGGUGCUGACGCCACACACCAGCGGCUCCAUCAACCGCAAGAGGACGCCCAUUAAGCUCAUCAAAACGGUCAUGGUUGUGCUCGGGGCCUUUGUGAUCUGCUGGACUCCCGGCCUGGUGGUUCUGCUGCUGGACGGCCUCAACUGCACGAGUUGUGAUGUCAUGAAAUUAAAAACGUGGCUGCUGCUCCUGGCUGUACUCAACUCUGUUAUGAACCCUUGCAUAUACUCCUACAAGGAUGAGGAAAUGUGGACAACCUUCAAGAACCUCAUGCGCUGCAUUGGUAACGGCACGAGACGGCAGCGGUCGACGAGGGCCAACGCCAGGCCGCUUAGCUCUGGUCAGGAUACGGGAAACAGUCAGCUUCCCUCAGAGGAGACAAAAAAUGAGGAUCAGGGCAUUCUUUAAACCUGAAAAUGGAACUUGUUAAGAAUUAACCAGAACUUCUGUCCAGCCCUGUCAGGACAUAUCUUAUGAAGUUAGAGUUGACUUGAAAGAGAAACCACAUCAGUUGGUCUCAGGGGGUCAUUGUAGUCCUAAAAGUAGUUUCUUAAAGAGACACUGCAGGCCAGCUGUAGAGCAGUGAAAUGGAGAUAAGAAGAGACCUUGACGCACUACUAAUUCCACAAAUGGAUGCAAAGAUGUACUUUUUUAGUUUUUGUCAGGGUUUUACAGUUUUUAGAUCCAAUACUCCCAUUCAUGUGUAUUGGGAGAUUUGUGUUGCUGUUUCAUUCUACUCUUUUUGUCUUCGUCAUCAUAUGCCUGCUGGUUAUUUCACCUUGGACAAUUCUACUUUGCAAUGGCUGAAGAAAGAAUCCAGUAUGAAGUACACAGUGGUACAUUUCUACUUUUACCCCCCAAAAGGGUAAAAAUCAUCAUGCAAAAGGUGACUUUGCUGUGUAGCUGAUAAGGGAAGCAACGCUGAAAUGGAUGAUCUAGUUAAGACGUGCAACUUGUUUGAAGUCGGGUAUGCCUACUAUAAAACUGUAAGUUUUGCUUGAAGUGGG